AACUAUGCGCAAACCUGAUGCGCAGAAAGCUUUCGGAGCUAAACAUGAUUGUGUUCACAUUCUCCAGACUGUCCCAUUUACUGAGGAUAUCAGGCAGUAAAGCUUCAGUAUUUCGAAACGGGACCGAGAUAAAACACGGAGCAGGUUGCUGUGUGCAGCUGAGAAGAUUCCAGGUCAGGGGAUGCAGUCAAAUGGGUCGAUGAACAAAAAAGGUCUGCAGGAUAGGCAGAAGCAGCAAAUGGCCAGAGGUCUUCCUAAGCAGAAGCCCAUCAGAGACGUCAAACAGGUGAUUGUUGUUGCUUCGGGGAAAGGCGGCGUGGGCAAGUCCACAACAGCAGUGAACUUGGCUCUUGGAUUAAUGGCCAUUGACAAGUCUAAGUCAGUUGGUCUGUUGGAUGCUGACAUCUAUGGGCCCUCCGUUCCCAAACUGAUGAACUUGAAAGGAAACCCAGAGCUCAACGAUGAUAAUCGAAUGAUUCCUCUUAUCAACUAUGGUGUCCCAUGUAUGUCAAUGGGCUUCCUGGUGCAGGACGCAUCCCCGGUAGUUUGGAGGGGGCUGAUGGUAAUGUCUGCAAUAGAGCGCUUGCUCAGACAGGUAGAAUGGGGCUCUCUGGACUACUUGGUGGUAGACAUGCCUCCCGGGACGGGAGACGUCCAGCUGUCCAUCACUCAGAACAUUCCCAUUGCAGGUUCACAGCGUAGGUUGUUAUGGCAAUGGAUCUGCGUGCCGUCACAGAGAGCGAAAAAAGCUGAAUGGGCAGUCAUCGUUUCAACACCACAAGAUGUUGCUCUGCUGGACGCUCGCAGAGGAGCUGAGAUGUUUAGAAAACUUAAUGUGCCGGUUCUGGGUCUGGUUCAGAACAUGAGCGUCUUCCAGUGUCCCAACUGUCAUCAUCAUACCCACAUCUUUGGAUCCAACGGGGCAAAGCAACUUGCUGAGACGAUCAGUGUCAAGUUUUUGGGUGACGUCCCUCUUCACCUAAACAUCAGAGAGACGUCGGACAAAGGACAACCCAUAGUCAUAUCUUCUCCUGACAGCCCAGAGGCUGAGGCUUACAGGAAGUUGGCAUCUGCUGUGAUCCAGAGCCUAGAGGAACAUACCAGAUGACUAAAAACUUCUUUCUCUCUUUGUUUCUUUGAUUUUUCUUUCACUCUGUCUUUUUGUUUGUUCCUUUCACCAUUUUUGUGCUUUCAUAGACCUCUGUCAUGUUGAAAAAUCUGAACCUGUAAAACUGUCAAUAAAUAAUUUAAUAAAAUCUUAAAACUUUAUUUAGGUGAAUAUGCUUUCACCAGGCUGGUGGUGUGGUGUGCUGAUAAUUUGAUCAUUAACAACAUCAUUGAAGAAAACGAGAUUAUUGCUACCUUCACAAGGGGAAAGUCUGACCUACAACACAUUACCAUCAUCACAAGAUGUGUGGAUUGGGGGGAAUCUUUAAGAGGGAAACUUUAAAUUUCCAGGUGUCCACAAGGAUGCAGACCCCAAAAGGAGCUCUAUCAGCACGGUGAGAGUGAAGAAGGCACAGUAAUGUCUCCACUUUCUGACCUGUGGUGAGAGCUGCUGACCAUCUGCUGCCUUCCGGCAUAUCUGGAUGAUACACUAUCUGCACUAUCGCACACAGGACGCCACUAGGGAAGGUCACAGCACCACCCAGAAGAUUAUUAGCUGCUCUUGUUUCUAGAGGGCUCACAGCAUUCUGAGGGACAGCGGGUGUUUGAGCUGCCGCCCUCAGGUCACACAGACACACUGCUGAGGUCACACACUGCAGGGACCGAUUUCACAAUGGUGCUAGAAUUCUUAAUAUCUUCUUUCUACCCAUCAGCUUUCAAACACCGUUUACCAACAUAAGGAUCCGCUGGGAAUCAAAAACCCGCAGAUAUUCCAGCGCUCGGGAAGCCUACAAUGAGCUGAAGAAACGCGGGAUCCAGGUGGAGGAACCGGCGGCAGCUGACAGUGGUUCCAGAGCGGAGUCGAGUCUUCAGGAGCUACUGGGCUGGCAGCCGGCAAAUAACAGCGGUGCUGCGGCGGCACUGAGAGCGAAGAGUAAGCUGCAGAACUUCCAGCAGAGCAUUUCCGAGUGAAAAUAGGCUGAACAACAUGACAUAACACAACAUUAUUUUGACUGGGCUCUGAUUUACUAUUUCGUGGGAGAGGACACUGUUUUUUUUUCUACGUUGGACUAAUUGGAUGGACGUGUUUUUUCCUAAAGGCGCUUCUACUGUCCUUUUCGGGCCCUCUCAGUUUGAGAGGUUUAGCCCUCGACUUGCCAACGGGGUCAAGAGUGAGAAGAGGGAGCUUCUUCUCAUCUUGGAAGUCAGUUUGAUAUUGUUUUGUUUUAUUACUGUUUGUGUUCAGGAUUCAGGGGCCAAAUCAGUCAAGGUAAUUUUCUUUGUAUAUUAAUGUCAUAUAAUUUAAAAAUCGCUUCCUUAAAUGUAAAUGGAUUGAGUAGUCCAGUAAAAAGACAAAGGGUCUUAGCUAAAUUGAAAAAAGAUGGGAUACAAAUCGCUCUUUUGCAAGAGACACAUAUGUCUAAAUAAGAACUUGAUAAGUUGAAGUCAUUUGGUUACUCAAACAUGUUUUAUAGCUCUUGUAGAAAUAGUAGAAAGAGGGGGGUAGUCACCCUAAUUUCUAACUCACUGAACUUUGAAUUGAUAUCUGAGAAGGGCGACAAAGAGGGCAGAUUUGUUAUUAUAAAGGGGAGAAUUGAUAAUGUUGUGGUCACGAUUGUUAAUAUAUAUGUACCGCCAGAGAGCGACAGGACUUUCUUAAAAACGUUCUUUGACACCAUUAUCUCAUUUAGUGAAGGAGUUCUUGUUUGCGCUGGAGAUUGGAACACAAUCCUUAAUUAUGCUCUAGAUACAACAAGCUAUAAGAAACAAAAAACUGGUAGGUCAAAAGAUUUAAAUAUCCUGAUCAGGGAGAUGGGCUUGUUUGGUGUCUGGAGGGAUCUUCAUAAUAAAGAAAGAGAAUUUACUCACUACUCUCCUACACACAGGGUCCACUCCAGGAUCAAUCUGUUUCUGAUGAACACCAUUGAUAGAUCCAAAGUGAAGGAAUGCUUAAUUGGAACAUCUGAUAUUUCAGACCACAACAUUAUCUAUUUGUCCAUCAGUUUGUCUAAUAGGGCUAAAACAACAUUAUGGUGCUUAAAUAUAGGUAUCCUUAAUAAUGAAACAAAGGAGAUUAGAAAAGAAAUAACGAAAUGUGUAAAAGACAAUAAUAAUGGGCAGGUAAAUCCCACCUUAGUCUGGGACACGGUCAAGGUUAGUAAUGAGAGGGAGACUAAUUUCUAGAACUGCUUAUCUUAAAAAAAUAAAAAGAUUAAAAUACGGUGAUUUGGAAAAAACAUUGAGGGAAUUAGAAUUAAAACAGCAAAUGACUAACAAUGGAGAAUUUUCAGAACAAAUAACAGAAACUAAAAACAAUAUAAAUGAUAUGAUACUCAAAGAACUUAAGGAAAAAAUACGAUUCUCCAAACAAACAUUUUAUGAAUCUUAGCUAGGCAACUUCGUAAACACCAAUUGAAGCAUUCGAUUACCAAAAUUAGAGAAUCCUCAACUGGUAACUUAACCUAUGACAUGGAUAAAAUACAUAAGACCUUUGAAAAUUAUUUUAAAACAUUAUACUCUACCCCAGAACCAAUUAACAUAACUGCUAUUGACAAUUAUUUGGCAGCUUUGGACCUACCUUCGCUUGGAUUAAUCCAAAACGAAGCUCUAUCUGCUCCCAUUACCCAGAAAGAAUUAGAUACGGUUAUUGGACAUUUGAAAAGUAAUAAGUGCCCAGGUAGUGAUGGGUUUCCAAAUGAAUUGUACAAGAUGUUCAGGGAGGAGCUAUCCCCUAUCCUGCUUGAGUCUUUGAACUAGACAUUGAACAGAGCUGAGAUCCCACCAUCUUGGAGAGAGGCUAUAAUAUCUGUCCUCCCUAAAGAAGGAAAAAAUGUUCAAUACUGCGAAUCAUAUCGCCCAAUCUCAAUUCUGAAUGUCGAUUAUAAAAUCUUUACAUCAAUAAUUUCUCGGAGAUUGGAGUAUUACUUGUUAGACCUAAUACACGAAGACCAGAUGGGAUUCAUCAAAGGCCGACAAACUCAGGACAGCAUAAGACGAACAUUACAUAUAUUAGAUCAAGCCAAAAAGCAGGGCCUCAGCGUCGCAUUAGUUAGCCUUGAUGCAGAAAAAGCCAUUGAUCGGGUCAACUGGACUUUUUUAUAUAAGGUACUAGAGCGUCUGGGCUUUAAUAAUCAGUUUAUUAGUUGUUUGAAGUCACUUUAUGAUGAACCACGGGCCAGGGUAAAAAUCAAUGGGCACCUUACAAAUAGCUUCCAAUUACACAGAGGAACCCGCCAGGGAUAUUGCAAUAUUUUUUGCAAUAUUCAUUGAACCCUUGGCACAGGCCAUUAGAGAGGAUGAUGGGAUAAAAGGUGUCAGUUUUGCAAAUAUAGAACACAAAAUUGGCCUUUUUGCAGAUGAUAUAAUCACAUACCUCCAAAAACCAAGUACAACGCUCCCCAAAGUUAUGUCAGCACUAACUGAGUUCGGUCAACUGUCAGGGUAUAGUCUAAACAUCACAAGAACACAAGUUCUGACAAUUAACUAUUCCCCUAGUAAAUCUAUAAGAAAAACCUAUGGACUUAAGUGGGAUGCCAAAAAGCUAAAAUACCUAGGAGUAAUUAUUUCCCGAGAUUUGGAUGAGUUAUUUAGUUUGAACUUUGGUAAUCUUACUGAAACCAUACAAAAAGACUUGACAGCCUGGGCAAGGUUACUGCUGGAUUUCACAGCUAGGAUGGAAAUAGUGAGGAUGAAUUUGCUUCCUCGUUUUUUAUAUCUUUUCAUGUCAUUGCCUAUUAGAAUAUCUAACGCACAGUUUCAUGCCUGGGACAGGUUGAUCUCAAGAUUUAUCUGGGCCGGGACCAGACCAAGGAUAAAAUUUAAAACACUCCAAAUUAAUAGGGACCAAGGGGGUCUGGCCCUUCCAAAUUUGAGGGAAUACUAUUAAGCAUCUCAGAUGAGAUUUAUGGUCCUCAGAAAUGGAGACUGGAUGGAAACAGAUUGAACUUAGGCAAGGUGGGGUCCAACCCCAAACAGGACUGGGAGAUAAAAUAGUUACAGCCAAAAAUGGGAAUGGUAUAGUUGAAGACACGUUGUUAAUCUGGAAAGAGGUGGUUGACAGGUACAAAUUGACAGAUGUCACUGGACUCCUGAUGUGGCCCUCCUGUAACUCAAACUUUCGGCCAGGAGAAUUAGAUUCCUCUUUUUUAGGCUGGAAAGAUAGAGGGCUUGUGGCUUUGUGCCAGUUUGUUGAAGGGAACGCCUUUAAAACAUUUGAGCAACUGAAAAGGGAUUAUAAUCUUGAAAACAGAGAUUUAUUUAAAUAUUUUCAGGUAAGACAUUUUUACAAUACUAAAAUAAAAAAGGUGUUCCUCCAGAAGGUAAUACUAUUGUAAAAUUUUUUACAAAUGCUUAUACUCACCUCCCAUGUAAAACUGUUUCCAAACUAUCUAUAAAGGGUUGCAGAAACAUAAUGGAAAUAACACCUUGAAUAUUAAGUCUGAAUGGGAAAGGGAAUUGAGAGUAAAAGUUACAGAGGGUGAUUGGCUUUCAAUGUGUGUGACACAACAGACAUCUACCAGUUCUAACAGAUGGAAGGAAUUUGGAUGGAAGUGCUUAAUUAGAUACUUUAUUACACCUCAAAUUACUAGUAGACAUAGAGGAGAAGAACAGCAAUGUUGGAGGCAAUGUGGCCAACAGAACGUCAAUCACUCUCACGUAUUUUGGUCCUGCCCAAAGUUGGCACCUUACUGGGAUGGAAUCUAUCAGACUAUCGGGAUAAUUUUGGGGUAUGUCAUCCCCAAAGACCCCAGAAUUUUUCUGCUGGGGCUGAUGUCUGGAGAAGUAUUUCAAAAAGAAGAUGAGUAUAUUUUUAAAGUUCUAUCAAUUGCAAGCAAAAAAAAGCUAUUACACGCUCUUGGCUAAAAAAAACUCCCUCCCCAGCUAGACCAUUGGCGGGAAGUCGUGGAGGAGAUUCACUCAAUGGAAAAACUGACAUAUCUUUUACAUAUAAAAGGACACUCUUACAACAAACGCUGGUCUAAAUGGCUGUCAUACAAGAACAAGGAAGCAUAACUAGAUGUAACAUCUUGUAAUUAUUUUUUAUUUUCUUUUUAUUUAUAUAUGUAUCAGUGCCCC